GACCACAUCUUUGACCAAUCAAAAGUCAGGAUUGACCCCAGCGUUUGUACUGUGGAAAGAAGGCUCUGGCGCUUAGCGAAAAAGCGAUUGCUACGUUAAUGCAGGUUAACAACGGCAUCGUCGUGAGCAUUCAGGGCGGUUAUUUAUCGAGCUUUCAUCAAAACCUAGUCUGCGAAAAGCUCCAUUUGCUAGAGGAAAGUGUGGGCUAGUUUGCUAAUGGUAAUGCUACAGUAGCUCAUCGGGCUCGUCUCUAGUUUUUCAUUUCAGAGUGAAUAGGAAACACUGCCGCAGCGAGACUCCAGAAAAUGACCGUUUCCUUUUCUGUAGCAUUAAUAUAUCGCAAUAACUAAUAAUAUAGGUUCCCUCUUCGUUUGUAUGCACGGCAGAAGAAUUCGCCAUGAACUCAAAGCGCAACAACGGUGAAAACGGGGCGGGCAGAAUCAACCCAGGCUCGGUACCAACAGGAACAAACAGCUCAUCAGCGAGUGCUUCUCACCGCAAACAAACUAUAAUCAACUCUUCUCAUAAGGGAGAGAAAGAUGAGUGCAUGCAAAACACAGUCCGAGACAAAAACCUGUCCAUCUCCACGCUCAGAACGCGCCUCGGACCGACCAUCCGGUCCACCCUGUCCGCGGCGGUGGACACUCUUCUGGGCGAGAUCGUGGCGGUGCUGUCCGAAACCCAGCGGGAGCUGCUGACCAAAGAGCAAGAGAACGAGAAGCUGAAAGUUCGACUCGAAGUCUCUGAGAGAGAGCUCAAGACGUUACAGGAAUGUCUGUGUAGCGCGCAGAAAUUAAUCGACCAGCUUCAGGGUCCCUUUGGAAGCCCGCCCAUGCCGGGUCCCCACGUCUACGCCUCGGCUGGACCCGUAAACUCGAGCCGCUUGACCCAUAGGAGCGCGCCCGAGCAAGAUCCGCGCUGCUUUACUGGAGCUGAACCCGAGUUGAGUGGCGCUCUGGGUGAUGCCAUACACGGCUUUGACUCCAGGGAGGAAUUCAAGAGCUGCCACCUCUCCAUUCAGGCGGAUGGGACGGUGACGAACAGUUUUUAUGACCCUAUAAACGUCCAUUCCUCUAACAUCUGUUCAGAUAUGAACCGACCUGGUGAGAUGGUGGAUGACAGCAGAAGGCUCACACACGCCAGACCCCAAAACCCUCCCUCACACACUAGCUUCUCUAUUAAAGAGGAGCAGGUUCCUACCUCUGGACAGGUGUGUGUGCGUGGAAGAGAGGCGGCCACGGAGGCUGAGCACUCUGCACAGAGUGUGUGUGAUCUGGCAUACGUCCACGUGGUCGAGGAAGAAGGAGGCCCCCGUUCACACCAUCACCAAUCCAAGCCUACACCACCGACCCCCUCCAGGCCUCACAAUGGACCUUCUUCCAGUAGUUCACCAUCCCAAGGAACCUCCGGACUUAGGUCUGCCCAGAGGGAUGCUCCUGGUUUAGGUAUGAACACAAGCAGGAGCCCAGGGGUGGGUGGCUCAUCGCCAGAAGAGCCCAUACGGCGCUCCAUCUCUGAGCUGAUGGGAGAGGCACCAGGAGAACGUCCUCACUUGUGUCUGGAGUGUGGCAAGACCUUCCGUCUUAUCUCAAGCUUGAAAAAGCACCUGAGGAUCCACACCGGAGAGAAACCGUAUCCUUGCACUGUCUGUGGCCGCCGAUUCCGUGAGUCCGGGGCUCUUAAGACUCACCUCCGCAUCCACACGGGCGAGAAACCAUAUUCCUGCUCUGAUUGCGGGACGCAGUUUCGUCAUCUCGAUGGCCUGCGGAAGCACCGCCGCACGCACACCGGUGAAAAGCCAUAUGUGUGCAGCGUCUGCGGGAAAAGGCUCAGCCGCCUGCAGCAUCUGAAACACCACCAACGCAUACACACGGGAGAGCGGCCGUGUUGCUGCCCACUUUGCCACAGAGGCUUUAAGGAUCCAGCUAGUCUGAGGAAGCACCUCCGUGCACAUCAGGGUGAGCCGGGAGCGGAUGAAGCAAUGGGAAUGGCUGGUUUGGGAGAAGGAGAUGGGGGAUCCAUAGAUGAUGAGGAUAUGAGGUUCGGGAUGUGGGGGGAAGAGGAAGGGAAUGAAGGCGAGCCUGUGGUGGACUGUGUUUAGUUACAGGGUUAUAUAUAAAAAAAAAAAAAUUUACUCGGGGAUAGUUCACCUAAAAAACACAAACUCUGUAAUCAUUUACUCAAAAUUUACCAAACCUGUACAUGUUUCUUUAUUUUGUUCAAUACAAAAGAUAACAUUCUGAAGAAUGUGGAGGAAACAAACAGUUUCUGAAAGUCAGAAUUCCAGACACAGAAUUCAACAUUGCGUUUUGUUCAGCAGAAGAAAGAAACUGAUUACAUAAAGAUUACAAGAAUUUUCUUUUUUGGGUGAUCUUUCCCAACAUUAUUUUAAGGGACUUUUUUUUUCUUCUUUAUUUGUUUUUAUGAAAUGUGGCGAUGACUAUACAGCAGAGGUUACAUCUUGUCCUGGGCUUAAAAAAACAAUGUCUGCGGCAACAUUUUCUUGUAGAGACUAAAUUUAAAAACCUAUAACAAGCACGUUAUUUAACUAUAUGGUUAUGUAAAUUUUAUCAUGAUGACUCAAAUAUCCACUUACUUCAAGUGCAUAUUAUAUCUCAUGACAUUUCAGAUGUCACAUCAUAUAGACCAGGACAUGUAGACUUGCAUCCUUUUUUCUGUGUACUGUAUUUUAGUGUACGAGCUGUUGAAGCUCCAGUGGGACUAACAGGGUAUCAUGUCUGUUACUCACAUGUUAUGGGUGUUGUCGUUGGUGUGGUAAUCAUUUUAAUGUGCCCUAUUUUAGAGAAAGAGCUACGACGAACACAUUAAAGCCUUAACUGUGGUUUUAUUGCACAGGCAUAGCUGUAGUAUUGUUUUAAAUUGGGUUCUUCACCUUUUUAUCAGUGAGUUAAUAUUCAUUCAGCUUACUCUGGGUGAUGGUUGAGUGCAUCGUUAGUCAAGUGUUUGGAGGAUAUUUAGUUUAAGGUGAAGGGUAUCUCGCAUGCUGAUCCAAAGAAUCAGAAUUGUGACUGCCAGGGUUAACUCUGCUGACUGAUCUGUAAAAAUGUAUAUUCAUACAUAUAACCUGGCUAUGUAUUAACAUGCUGAUUGGUUUGAAUAAAAGAAGGCGUCUCCUUUAGGUUGAGGUGCAAUGAGCCAGCACAGAAAUCAAGUAAACUUUAAAAGUGCUGCCCUCUACUGAAUAUAUGAGGGAAAUGCGGUUACUGUAAAGUUGCUUUUAUGGUUGGUUCUCCAAAGAUGGAGACACCGUUUCUGUUGUAGCCAUGGUGUCAAACUGUGUGGUUUUGUGAAUACAUCUUUUGUUUUCUCUUUCUCUUUUUUUUUUUUAUAUAUCUCAUGAAAUGCCAUUUUGUACAUUUGACUUGUAUAUUAUGUACAUUGGUUUGAAAUAGAUUAGUCUUAAAACGUUCAAGACCGAAACUGGAGCUUCAAAGAUCCAUGACACGUGUUUUAAUAACUCUGAACUAUUUAAACUCUCUUUACUUUGUUACAAUAUUCUGUAUGUUUCUGUGCCCACAUGUGAUGUUGAGAUGUUGUUGCAGAAGUUUGAAGGUUGUAGUCCAUCUGUAGUUGAUUCAACAAUAAGUUCAACAAAAAAAUGGCUGUAGUUGACACUCGAAAUAGAUCUUCGGUGUAAAAAGACCUCAUCCUUUGGAAAUAUGCAGAAUGGAAUAUUUGAUACCAUUUAAAGAUCCAAACAUUUUUUGCUAGUGUUAAAGCAGUUUUUUGGGCUGGUCUGCAACCUUAUAAGUGUAAUGCUGGGAACAGCGACACUUAAGCCAAAUAGAGGGUAAGAGUCCAAAUAGUUGUUUGUAAUGUUUAGUUUCAAUAUAUGGUAAUAUAUAGGUAUGAUCCAUGUAGUAUUUCAUUUUCCAAAACUAUACUUCAUUGUAAGAUAUCAAUACAGGUCAGUUUUCAUAAGAAAACAUUGAAAUCUGCUGAGAUCUUUUUUUUUUUUUGCUAUAACAUCUCUACUUGCAUAUCCUUUAAUAUGUAUUUUCUGUCAUUAUACUCUUUAAGAAGGGCAGAGUCAUCAUAUCCUUAAUAUCUAUAACAGUCAAGUUCACUCAUAUUCAGAAUGAUGUAUCGACAGUAUUAUAAUCAUUUCAAAUUAAAAUUUUUCAAAUCGA